UCUAAUGCUUUUGUAAUUUAGUUUUCUGUAUAAUAUUAUUAGUAAUUUUUGUUAUUCAUUUGGUUAUAAAACAUACAUAAAUUCUUGCAGUGCGAAGAAAUGGCUAAGCAGAACACAGCAAAAGAAGAUUUCUCCCUAAAGGAGACCUCGCCGAACAUCACUGGCCGGAGGUUCUCCAUGGGUCCCAUGACCUCCUUUGAUCUUGUCGAGCACAUGCAGUAUCUCUAUGUCAGGAUUGUGAAAGCCAGAGAUUUGCCACCUACUGCCGACCCUUAUGUUGAACUGAAGCUCGGAAACUACCGGGCAGUAACAACACCUUUCAAAAAAAAUCCGAACCCCGAAUGGAACCAAGUGUUCGCUUUUUCGAAAGACAGAAUUCAAGCUGUUAGUAUGGAGAUUUUGGUGAAGGACAAGGCUGUUGUUGCAGAAGGUGGUGAUCAUGGAACCAUUGGGAUGUUUGGUUUUGCUAUGGCUGAGUGUCCUAGUAGGGUUCCGCCGGAUAGUCCGUUAGCGCCGCAAUGGUACAUGCUGGAGGAUCAAAACAAGGCCAAGAUUAGAGGAGACCUAAUGCUUUCUUAUUGGAUUGGGACGCAAGCAGAUGAGGCCUUUCCAGAUGCUUGGCACGCUGAUGUUGCAUCGGUAAGUGGGGAUGGACUUUCGAGUACUCGUUCGAAGGUUUACCUUUCACCUAGGCUUUGGUACAUGAGAGUGAAUGUGAUUCAAGCUCAGGAUCUUGUGUUAAAAGACAACAACAGAAAGCAAGCACCGGAGUUUUUUGUGAAGGCUCAGUUCGGGAAUGUGGUUUUGAGAAGUGGAGUCUCGACGGAUAAGAAUUUCAACCCUACUUGGAAUGAGGAUCUAAUGUUUGUUGUUGCAGAACCGUUCGAUGAUCCUUUGGUGAUAAGUGUUCAGGAGAAAACGAAUAACAAGGAGGAAUCUGCCGGGCAGAUUGUGAUUCCUUUGAGGGAUGUGGAUAAGAGGAUAGACGCUACUCCGGCUACUCCCAAGUGGUAUAAUCUUGGGACGGUUGAAGUAGUUGAGGGUGUGCCAAAGGAGGUGAAGUUUGCGAGUAAGAUCCAAAUAAGGGUGAGUUUGGAUGGAGGAUAUCAUGUUCUUGACGAGCCAGCUCACAGUACUAGUGAUCUGAGGCCAACUGCAAAGCUUCUUUGGAGGCCUCCGAUCGGGAUUUUGGAAUUGGGAAUCUUGAAUGCAACUGGUUUGUCACCAAUGAAGCCUAAGAAUCGUGUUGACGCAUAUUGUGUAGCAAAAUAUGGGACAAAGUGGGUGCGAGCAAGGACGGUUGUUGAUUGUUUGUCUCCCAAGUGGAACGAACAAUACACAUGGGAAGUCUAUGAUCCAUGCACUGUCAUUACCAUUGGAGUUUUUGACAAUGGGAACUUGCAGGGUGGCGAUAAGCUGGGCAUGGAUUUGAGUAUUGGGAAGGUAAAGAUCCGUCUAUCUACCCUUGAAACUGGUAGGAUUUACACGCAUUCAUAUCCUCUUGUGGUUCUACAACCUACUGGGGUGAAAAAGAUGGGUGAAAUCCAACUGGCUCUGAGAUUUUCGUGUCCGUCUUUGCCUAACAUGCUGCUCACAUACACACGGCCUCUGCUGCCUAAGAUGCACUACAUUAUCCCACUGUCUAUAUACCAGCUUGCUAGUUUACGACACCAAGCUGCAUUGAUUCUCUGGUUGAGGUUGAGCCGGGCUGAGCCACCACUUAGGAGAGAGGUUGUGGAUUACAUGUUAGAUUCCACUGCGCAUCUGUGGAGUUUUCGAAGAGGCAAGGCCAAUUUUGUCAGGAUCAUCAAGCUAUUUGAUGGUUUGGUCAUGAUGUUCAAAGGGUUUGAUAAAAUACGGAAAUGGACUAACACCAUUACCACGGUGCUUGUUCACGUUGCCUUCACGGUCAUGCUUUUUUUUCCUGGUCCGACAAUUUGCUUAAUGUUUUUAUUGCUGUUGCUGAAAGGGGUUUGGAAUUACCGGAAGAGGCCUAGACAAAUUGUGCACAUAGACACAGAACUGUCACAAGCAUAUGGCGUACAUCCAGAGGAUUUGGACGAAGAGUUUGAUACUUUUCCAACAAAAAAGACGGGCGAUGUUCUGAAACGAAGAUAUGAUCGUCUUCGAGGCAUUGCAGGGAGGAUUCAGGCAGUGUUGGGGGACAUAGCGACACAAGGCGAAAGGGUGCAGUCUCUGCUGAGUUGGAGGGAUCCAAGAGCCACAACUUUAUUUAUGAUCUUCUGUAUUAUUGGUAUGAUCCUAUUUUAUGUCUUCUCGUUGAAGUUGAUAGUUUGGCUUGCAGGAUUUUAUGCAAUGAGACAUCCAAAAUGUCGGGAUAGAUUCCCUUCGCUCCUGCAAAACUUGAUCAGGAGGUUGCCGGCAAGAUCAGAUAGCAUGUUGUGAGGAGAGCUUUAAUCUUUGGUAUUUCGAUCAGUCGAAGUUUAUCUAUGGACAUUUGUUUUGUGUUUAGUUUCUUCUUCUUUCUCUUUUCUUUAUAGAACAGUUGGCAUAUGUUGAUCAUGUUCUCUAAUAAAGAUGAUUUGUAUGCUAUCAGAAACAC